CCCAAUGUAUGAAGCGUUUCUGAAGCGUGUCGUCAACUGUCGCUCGGAAAUACGCUCUGUCACGCCAUAGAAAAAGGCAACGAAGGUUCCUUUGAUCAGAUUGCACCAGUAUUGAAGAUAAAGAUCGAAACUGCAACACAUUCACUGCAUUUGGAAUCGUUCAUCAUUGGGCUAGUGCUAAACAUUCAGCAAAUAUAAUUCCUACUUUGAAGUACGCGUAAUCUGAGUUUACCAUUCACUUUUUUCCGUAAAAUUAGCAAUAUGAGUGGACCUAUAUUUGGUAGCAGCAGCGCGCUGGGUGGAAGUUCCGGUGGGAAUCGACAUCUGGUCGAAUUUCGUGCCGGGCGCAUGAACAUGGUAAACAAGAUGGUCCACCCGGACAACCGAAAGGGGCUGGUGUACGUGUAUCAAGCGGAAGAUGGAUUAAUACACUUUUGCUGGAAGGAUCGUACCUCCGGAACGGUCGAGGAUGAUCUCAUUUUGUUCCCGGACGAUUGCGAAUUUAAGAAGAUCGAUUACGUAAAGAAUGGCAGAGUGUAUGUGUUGAAGUUCAAGUCUUCCAGCCGAAGAUUAUUCUUCUGGAUGCAGGAACCGAAGACGGAUCGUGAUGAUGAGUGGUGCCGUCGCAUUAAUGAAGUGAUCAACAAUCCACCGUCUGGGAAUAGCAUCGGUUCCGGUGGCAGAAACGGUGGCAAUGAUAAUGGUGACUUGCAGUACAUGUUGAACAAUAUGUCGCAACAGCAAAUCAUGCAAUUAUUCGGCGGUGUUGGGCAGAUGGGUGGAUUGAGCAGCCUGCUCGGGUCUAUGACCCGCUCCAAUUCCGGAAAUUCUAGCAGCCGAACCAGCGCAGCUACCCCGGCGAAUCGAAGCAGUAGCAGCUUGGCGACCAGCAAUAAUGGCAACGGUGGCAGCACUACCACUCCAAGCGCCGCAGUCAAUGCACCAUCUACGCCCCGUGCACCGAAGAAAACAAGUGGAACCACUAAAACUAACUCCGCGUCCGGAGCUUCCGCUGGUUCGCCGAUAAGCACACCUGUCGGGCGAAAUGCUGGCAGCGCGGGCACUGCUGACGGAGGUACAAGAAUAUUACUGUCCGAUUUGCAAAACUAUCUUUCUGGCAUUAGCGCAACCGGUGUGGAUGGAUCCGGACAGAGGCGCAAUAUCGAUCUAGCAUCUGCCGUCAAUUCACAAACGUUGGCUUCGAUUAUUUCCGACCAAGAGAAAGUGGAUGCGCUAGUUGCACACCUACCUCAGCUGGAAGGUGAUGAGAACAAAAAAGAGCAGCUGAAGGAAACCAUCUCGUCUCCCCAAUUUCAGCAAGCACUGUCGAUGUUCUCUAACGCACUGCAGUCUGGUCAGCUUGGCCCAGUAGUUUCCCAGUUUCAACUCAACGCCGACGCUGUCGCUGCGGCGAAUGCAGGGGACCUGGAACAAUUCGUGAAGGCAUUGGAAAAUAGCGAAAAAUCACCGGCUUCAGAAGCUUCAGGCGCAACAAACAAGCAGUCUGCUGGUUCUUCUACCAGCACUGACCAGCCAAAGCCAUCCGAAGUGGCCAAGGAGGAGAACGGCCACGGCAAAACACAAAAUAAAGACCAGGAUGAUGAGAUGGCCGGAUAGAAUACGAAAAUCACUAAACUUCUACAACACAAUCAGGGCUUCAGCACCACAUAACCCAAUUGCAAGAGGCUUUAGUAAGAGUAUGUGCCUCUUUUUGUCUUUUUCAUGUUUUUUAAUAUUUCUGCCUCGGCUAUUUCCCACUCAUAAUCACAAAUAAAAGGGUUUAUGAAGUAAAA